AUACGUAAUGUGCUAUUGACACACUUUAUGUGCUGUCGUUGUCAUUUACUUGGUGUAUUUUAUUUUUUAAAGGAAAUAAUUAAAAUGACGUAUCGUUUCUUUCUUAUUUUUUGUCUUCAAGUGCUUUGUCAGAAUGCACACUCCCAAGCCAUCACCCCUGCCCUAGAACCUACUGAAGUUACUAUUACGGAGGCCAUAAUCGAGACGCCCCUGGAAGACCAGCCAUUGGACAACCAGCCAUUGGACAACCAGCCAUUGGACAACCAGCCACUGGACAACCAGCCAUUGGAACCCGCCCCUGCUACCGACAACCAACAAUAUGGCCCAUGCGGUCUCCCCAUCCAUCUAUGCAAAUGCAACCAGCAACCAGCAGUUCCUGUAACUGAAGGCACUACGGUUGCCCAAACUGACGCUGCUCCAUCAGUUUGCCCGCAAUGUGGACUAUCAGCCGACCUCUGUAAGUGUGACCAGGAAGUAGCCCAGCCGAAAUUAUGCCCGAACUGCGGACGCCCUGUAGAAUUAUGCAUCUGUGGUUCCCCAUCAGUGGUUGCCGAAACUGAAGAGAAUAAACCUCAAUCUCUGUGCCCUGUUUGCGGUCGCCCGAAAGAAUAUUGCCUCUGUGGUGUCCUGUUAGUGGUUGCUCCUAAAAACGCUGUCGGCAACCAGCCGAAUAAUGGUUUAUGCCAGAGAUGUGGUCGUCCGCUAGCUUUAUGUCUAUGCGGAAAACCAGCUGUAGCAAUCUCUCCGGUUGUUGAGACCUCUCCUGUUUUUGAAGGUACCUCUUUUAUUCCCCAAGGAACCUCCGCUAAGCUUCAGAUUACCUCUCCUGUUGAAAUCACCUCUGCUGAUGGUAAAACUCGUAUGAUCGUUUGUCCUAAAUGUGGUCGGUCUGUGGAAUUGUGUAUGGGCCCUAAAGAAUCAAGUGUCCCUCAAAUGUGCCCUCAUUGUGGACAUCCAAUUGAGAUGUGCAUGUGUGGAGCUCAUCAUCAUCACCACUAAUUUUUUUUUAAAUUUCGCUAGACUUAUAUUGACCGGGAUAAACAUCGUGAUUUUUUUUGUUUUUUUUUGUCAAGCUCCUGAUAUUUCGACGCAGUUACAUGCAUAUCACAGGUAACUGAAGACAAGUGUAGAUGAUGGCAUAAGUCUAGUGAAACUAACCGUGAAUAAUUGAAAACUUUUAUUUUAAUAUAUUUUUUUGUCUUUCCUGAACAAAUAUUUUUUUACGAGACUAUAAGAUAAAUGCAACAUUUCCGACAUGUCUGAAAAAGAUCUCAAUUUUCAAUAACUACUUAUGUCCAAUCUUAAUUUCAGUUAUUCGAUGGUUUAAAAAAGACAUUCUUCUGUCAAUGUCAAAAGUGAGAUUCUUGGUUUAAAAAUGUCACUUUUAACACGGACGUAUUCGUAUAUUUAUUUAUUUAUCGUUUUAUUUAUUAACUUAAUUCAUUCUAUUCUAAAACUUUUAUGUGUAAAAUAUUUAAAAAAAAAAAAAGACUGGAGAGUUUCUUCCGGCGCUUCUUCUCUCCAGAUUUAAUAUUUGAAGCGCUACUAGUAGACUUGAAAUUGUAAAACCUUGCAAUAAAGAUUUUGCCAAAA